AUGCUAAUUUCCGCCGUAGGUAGCGGUUGCAUUCCUGACCCAUUAACCAAAAAUAUGAAUAAACAGGUUAUACCUGCCAGUUGGCAUUGCAAUGGAAUAUGUGCUGGUCUGCAGAGAGAAACUUUUGUUCCUGUAUUAUUAGAUUCCAAAAAGUCACACUAUUUACAAAGUUCUUUCCAAUUCAGUUCUUUACACGAGUUCUCCAAUGAUGUCAUUAUACCUUCUUCGUUUCCACCAAUCUCAACCUUCUUCAAUUGCUCCUGUCUGAAUAUUAAAAAAGUGUUGUCGGGAGAGCAUAUCCUUGUGAAGUUCCCGGUGACAGUCGAUUCUAUGCAAAUAAAACUGUUCUAUUACGAUAAUGUGGUCAAAACCGAAACUUCGCCUUUGAUUAGCAACCAUGAUACAUCAGCAGAUUUACCAAGUGAAGUUACUGAUCCGUUCAUAAGCUCAACUGUUAAUGAAUUGAACAAGAAUAACCCUAAUGAGACCUCUCUUUCCAUUGAUACUGUCCCACCUUCUCCAAUCAGAAUCUCCUCCACUAGAGUGAUCCUCAGUCCUAGCUCUUGCUCAAAAGCAAUCGGUGAUAUAAGCACUUCUGAGGACAGUGAUGAUGAGCGGCUGGAUGCCAAGCUUCUCGAGAAAAUGAACGAGCUGGAAAAAACUGACCAACAAUCCAAUACUGAAGCAGUCGUCAAAUCAGAAACUAAUGAAUCUAUGGUGAAGGCAGAAACUAAUGAAUCUGUGGUGAAGGCAGAAACUAAUGAAUCUGUGGUGAAGGCAGAAACUAACAAAUAUGAUAACAUCGAAGACCUGGUUGUUUAUAACACGGAAGUCCGAAAGAAGUAUGUACGAAGAGUCGUGGCUCCACGUUCACAGCCAAAGAGGAAUCCAGCUGUUGCUCCAACUAAAUCAACAAGUCAGAAGCGAAACUUCAUGACAGAUGUAACCGUUGUUCCUCCAAAACGUAAAGGUCGUCCAUCGAAAGCGUUCAUGAUGGCCAAGAAAACAGCAGAAAUUAAAUUCAAAAAUUUGGCCAAGCCUGUAUUGAGAGAGAAGAAAGGCCUCAGCGACGAUUCUUGUGAAGAAGCAGCCAAGAACAAAGUUCAGAACUGUUCCGAUCUCUCGAAAGUUGAAACCAAAGAACAGGAUGGUAUGGAAGAGAAUUCAAUAGAGAAACCUGAAGCUCCCGUUGAACAUCCUCCCAUCGUGGAGAGAAAUGCCAUUGAUUUGGUUCGCAAGAAGUUGGAAAGGCUGAAAGGGAAGAGAUCCAAGGAACCAGAAACGAUUGUUGAAAACCUGUUUGGAGACACCGAUGAGGAAAAGCCAUUAUUCACUAUGGAUGACAACUUCUUGAAUGGCUCUUCAAAUAUCGACAUAGCUGUACCAUCUAAUUCUGUCCAGGAAUCGUCACCGUACGUCUUGAACACUGAGGAAGAUUUGAACAAUCUUGGCGGCAUGCAGGACGAAAUCGAACCAUCGUCGGCCACAUCUUCAAUUUCUUCGGAAGGCGCUCUAGUAGUUCAUGAUAUUCUAUUCGAUGAUCUGUAA